UACCCUCCACUUGUUAAACGAUGCAUAUUCCAAUUCCACAGCCACAGAAAACCCAGAAUAUUUCUCCACCUCUCUUUUUUCUACUAGUAUAUAUACAUAUAUACAUCUUUCUAAUUCUCUCUACCUCCCAAGUCAGAACAACACAAAAAUUUGAGUCAAGCUGACAGUCUACACACCUCAAACUGUUCUGCAUAUCUUCAGCUCCUUUGCAGUUGCAGAGCACGUUCUCGAGGGAGAAGCAGGUGAUGGCUGCGCCGAUGGCGUCGGACAACAGCGGGUUGAGGCGGCUGUUCGAGAAGCCGCUGCCGGAGAACCCGACGCUGCUGGAGGCGCUGUCGGCGUGGAACCGCAACACCCACCCCAAUAAACCCAUCGAUCCGUCCUCUUUCACCGAGAUCUUCGGCGAGCUCCACUUCCAAGAGAAGCAGCCCGAGCGAGCCGUCCUGCCGCCAACGCUGGUGCCGGCGCCGGCGUCUCGUCCGGCGUCGUGGCUUGACAUCGCCACCGCGGCCGAGGCCGAGAAGAGCAAGGACGACUCGUCGCUGGACGCGCUCCUGAGGCCCAUGCCCGCCGCGAGCACCGUGGCCACGGUGAAGCGGAGCGCGAGCUUCUGCCUGAAGAAGAGCUCGGCCUCGCUGCUGCUCUGCACCGAGGGGCUCGGAUCCGAGAGCACCGUGGACGCCGACGACAUGUUCAAGGACGGCGACGCCGAGGCCGAGGCCGCCGCGCUCAAGGGCACGGAGACGGACGGCGGAGACGGUGACGCCGCCGCCGCCGGCGACGCGGAGGCGAUCGAGGCGACGAAGGGGGAGGAGGAGAGGCAGCCGAAGACGUUCCCCCCGCCGAUACGGUCGAUCGGGCGCGGCGGGAAGCCGUACGUGUGCUUCCGGUCGUUCCGGGAGGACGGCCGGUUCGUGCUGCUGGAGGUGGUGAUCCCCGGGAAGGAGCUCCUGCAGGCCACGCGCGAGGGCGGCCGGCUCAGGCUGCAGUUCGCCAACGCCGCCGCCGCCGCGGCUGGUGCGAGCGUCGAUGAGGCGAUGCACGGGGAAGACGACCACCACCAAGCAGCCAAGAGCGCAUGCAUAGACGACGAUGAGAGCUGAGUGUUGUCGUUGAUGUCCUUGGCAUUCUCGCACACGAUAUAUACGAUUAGUCAUGUACUCAUGUCAUGCCAUGGUGUCUAUGAGAAGCAUAUCAUCAUCAGCUACCUAAGUCUUGUUCAAGUGUUUUAAGAAAGUGGUGAAUUCAGUCAGUCAGAAAUAUAUGAUUCAGAUUACAGUCA